AUGAAUCCGAAUCAGAUGUAUGGGCAACCUAUGCCCAUGCAACCGCCACCUCGCAGGCAUGAUGGCAACUACGCUCCUAUGCCCCCUAAUUAUCCUCAGCAAUACGCGCCAAACUGGUAUAUAUACCAGCAACAGCCUCAGUAUGCGCCGCCCAUGCAUCAGCCCAGGCCUCAUUACUACCAACAGCCGCCUUUACCACAGCAGCACUACCCUCAGAUGCCAAUGUCAGCGCAGCCGCCCAUGUCGCACCCUUCACCUCGGUCCACCAAUACAUCGAGCUCAGCACAUCAACAGCCGCUGCUGACGCCCGUCUCGUCAUCUUCGGCUGCUACACUCCAAGCAACACCGUCGCCUCCUUCCAGUACGACGACCUCCCUCAGCACACGUAAGGAUGUGCCUUCACAACCUCCGUCACCACGACCCCAGCGAGUGCGGUCGCCAUCUAACGACCCUAUACCCGAUUCUGAGCGCUUCUUCCCUCCGACGCCAUGGUACUCUUCUGAUAGCGACGACUUCCCUCCUCCAGCUCCUCGGCAGAAACGCCGCGUUCUGCGAUCGACACUCGCCAGCGAACCUAGAAUGUAUCCUGUCGAGGAAGCCGACCCGGGGGCAGUCGAGUCUGCAGAUACAGCUCCAGAAGAAACACCACCACAAGUUAGCACCGAACGUGAUGAAAAGGCUGAUGUGGGGACAAUCACCCCGACUCCCAUAGCAUCGGACGCGCCAUCAGAAGAUACUUCUACACAACCUACAACACCAGCCUCGAGUGUGCCCACACCAUCUGCAAAGUCUCAGCAGACGCCCACACAGCCAAAAGCUCGUCCAGUCUCCGGCCCAGUCAUUCCCGCUCUGCCACAGAGUCCGACCGCAGUACGACGAGCGCACCGCGACUCUGUUGUUUCUACGCAAUCGAAGGCAUCUGAGGAGCCUACAUUGGCUUCUCAGACCACAGAUUCAACAGCUACUCAUAGUACUGAUGUCGCAACCUCGCAAGAGACUGCGAAUGCUCCAGCACCAGCAGCCCCCAAACCGAAGCCGAGCUCGUGGGCUAGUCUACUGCGUCCGGCUCAGACUGCAAGUGCGGCGCCGUCUGUCGUGUCAGGCUCAUCAUCAGUCAACGGUGGUCUGACGGGCCGAGGCGAGGCGCUGGCUGACGCCUUGAACAACAUGAAUGUCUCGAGUGAUGUACCCAGCAAAAUUUCUUUCAUCCAACCACGUGGGCUCGUCAACACGGGCAACAUGUGUUACAUGAACUCGGUUCUACAAGUUCUUGUGUUUUCACUACCGUUCUAUGAUCUGAUAUCAAAAGUAGCGCAGCGAUCUGCGCAUACCUUCAAAAGCGAUACCCCUUUAAUUGAUGCCAUAAUAUUGUUCAUGCAAGAGUAUCCUGUGCUCGACUCGGCGGCGUCGACCGAGCAACUUCGCUCACGACUGAGGCCGGAUGAUUACGAAAAGUACGGCGACUCCUUCAUUCCUGAGUACGUUUAUUCUGCCAUCAAGGAAAUACCUCGCUUCAAAGAAAUGAGGCGCGGUCAUCAGCAAGAUGCUCAGGAAUUCUUGGGCUUCUUGCUGGAAGAGCUGCACGAGGAGUGCGCAAGAAGUAUGAAGGGCGGUGCAAACAGCAGCUCUGGACGAAGCACGCCGGUUGGUAGCGUCACAGGAGUACCUGACGCAGGUGUUGAUUCUGAAAGCGGUUGGAUGGAGGUUGGCCACAAGCAGAAGCCGGCUGUGACUCGAUCAUCUGGUGGAGUUGCAAACGACUCUCCGAUCACCAACAUUUUCGGCGGCAAGUUGCGCUCGGAGCUCAAGGUCGCUGGCAAUAAGCUGUCAGUGACAUUGGAACCAUACUCACCGCUGCAGCUGGAUAUUGGCAGCCCCGAAGUGAGCAACAUCGUCGACGCAUUGAAAGGGCUUACUAAGCCUGAGAGCAUGCAAGGCGAAUUUCAGACGCCCCGAGGGCAGAGAAACUCUGCUACCAAGCAAGUGUUUAUCGAAACACUGCCGCCAGUGCUGAUCUUGCACCUCAAACGUUUCCAAUACGACAACACAACGAAGCGUGCAGAGAAAAUCUGGAAGAAAGUCGGUUAUCCUUUAGACCUGGAAAUACCCAAAGAAGUCUUCACCGUAAGUGCACGCAAUAAGUAUGCUGCACACGGCGGACUACCGAAAUACCGGUUGACGGCAGUCAUAUACCACCAUGGCAAGAACGCUAAUGGCGGCCACUACACGGUCGACAUCCGUCGUCAAGACGGUAAGGAAUGGAUUCGACUGGAUGAUACUCUCAUACGGCGGAUCCGCAGCGAGGAUGUUGCGGAGGGCGGCAGCGAAGAGGAUCCUAAGGUCCUCGCUGCUGCGCUUGAGCGACACAAACAGGGUAACGGCAGCAGCAAUCGCUUUGAGCAGAUUGAGCAGGAUGAUGAAGAGCGUGAGACUGAGACAAAAGCGUGGAGUCAAGUCAAUGGGCACUCGCGCACCAAGUCAACUAUGAGCGCCGUGGUCAAUGGUACGGCAACGCCUGCUAAGAGCUCCGGGCCGCAGACACCACGGGAGAAGUUUUCGGUCAAGGACAACAAGGUGGCGUAUCUCCUGGUCUAUCAGCGUCUUACAGCCUGA